CCCGGCGCGGCUGCAAGAGGUGAGCCCUUUCGUGCAGCGUCCGGACCUGGGAGAAGGGACGCGGCGGAUGGCUUCGGAAGUGGCGUAGAGAAGCCGGAGAGGAAGGUGAAUAGAGACCAAUUGUUGUGCCUUGGAACUUUGAGCAAUUUCAUCUUAAGAAAUAAGGCUGGCCAUUUCGUUGGCGCCUGGAGUAGCCGUGGCACCUGUAAGAGCCGAGGCAGAGGAGAAGACCCAUUUGUGCUUAAUAGUUUGGAGCCUCACCACCGGUAGAACAAGAUUUUGAAAUGCAUCGUGAUUCCUGCCCAUUGGACUGUAAAGUGUACGUAGGUAACCUCGGAAACAAUGGCAGCAAAACCGAAUUGGAACGGGCUUUUGGCUAUUAUGGCCCACUCGUCAGUGUGUGGGUUGCCAGAAACCCUCCCGGCUUUGCUUUUGUGGAAUUUGAAGACCCUCGGGAUGCAGCCGAUGCGGUUCGAGAGCUCGAUGGAAGAACACUGUGUGGCUGCCGUGUAAGAGUAGAGCUGUCCAAUGGGGAAAAAAGAAGUCGGAAUCGCGGCCCCCCUCACCCUUGGCGACGGAGUCAUCAGGAUGAUUAUUGGAGAAGAAGUCCUCCGCCUCGCCGAAGAUCUCUGAGGAAGAGAAGCUUCUCUCGCAGCCGGAGCAGGUCCCUUUCUAGAGAUAGGAGAAGAGAGAGGUCAUCGUCUCGGGAGAGAAAUCGCAAGCCAUCCCGAUCCUACUCUAGGUCUCGCAGCCGAUCUAGGUCAAAUGAAAGAAAAUAAGAUGGGUUUGCAAGCGGGGUGUAGUGUGUACAAGAAAUACCAUCAUAUGACAGUAGUGUACAGAAAGUUCACGUUUGGUUUCAGACUUAAGAAGCCUUGGUGCGUUUUUAAGAUGUUUAGCUGUUUGAAUUUGUUUAUUGCCUCUUUUAAUAAUGACACUUGAAGAUGUAUUUCUCUGUGGUUUGAAAGGGAUCAUAUGAGGCAUGUAAUACCAAGAUUUUAUUACUUGACAGUGGCUCUGUACACAGAAUUGAAUUUGCUUUGAAUUUCGGUUAGUCUUGCAUAAGACUGCUAAUAAACCUCUAAAUCUUGCCCUCCUAAACUGUGAUGUUUUAAUAAUGAGGAAGCAAAAUUGGCAAAGGUUGAACUAAGAACUUUUUGGGAGGUUCGUGGCUGGGAUAAAGGAUGCACCGGUAGUUGAAUAAGCAGCCUGAGAGCAUCUGAGAACAUAGAAGCCUCCAGAUAAAAGUAGCUGCACCAAUAAACUUGAGGUUUUAAAAAGCCAGCCUAGGCUUCAACAGUGUGCAGAAGUGAGAUGGUUUAGAAUCUGUUAGGUUUAAGGAGUUAAUCUUUCACUUAAGGUCUUAAAUGGGUUGGGAUUUCUGUAUACAGAAAGAUAAUUUUGACACAUUUGGAAAAUGGAGUUACUGUGCAAGAUUGUUUUCAUGUCAUUUGUAAUAUGUUUUACGAAAGUCGUUGGGAUUAAAGUUUAGGUUUCUAAAUUGAGAAAAAACAUGCCUGCUAACUGCUCAUUAUAUUGUAAGGAAUAAUUUCAUGUUUAUAUAUUAAAUUUUGUUCAUCUCAAGAUUUUGUAAUUAGUUUUGAAAGAAGAAAUAUUAAAUUCUAUGCAUUCAUUAGUAAAUAAAUCUCAGGUGUUCAAUUUUAAUCACUUAAAACAUUUCAGUUCAAAGAAAAACAUGAUGUACAGUUUUAAAAAUGUAAUACGGACCUCACCUUAAAUUCAGAACAAGAUAACAAGGAUCUAGAUAAACUGUUCCUAAUACUGUUCCAAUUUCAAUGAUAACUUUUUUCCUGACUACAUUUUUCAAUAAAGUUUGUUUCUAAAUGUA